AUGCAUCUACCUCAAUGGAUCAUUCUACUAAUUAGUUUCAUAACAACAACCAUAUUAGCAUCUUCUUCUUCAUCAUCACAACUGAACCCACAUAUACUCCCUAAAGCACAGUUUCAUGCAUUUGACUCACCAGAAUUUUGUUCACAAAUCAUUACAUCUUCAUGUAACACAACAUUUGCCUACCUUGAUCAGUUAAAUCAACAAAUUAGAUCACUGGUUACCGAGUUGGUGAAAACGCCAUAUUUCUGUUAUUUCAAAGUUGAUUUGGAUAAACAAUGCAAGUUUUGGAAUGCUCAACAUUUUUGCGCCACCGAAAAUUGUGCUGUUGAAGUGAUUGAUGAUUUCAAUUGGAGUCAAAUCACUAAUGAUAAUUUGAAGCCAUCAAAAUUGGGUAAAAUUAAAUUGGCCAUGGAAUCGGGAAAAAGAGACGGCAAUGGCAAUGGUGGUGCAGAUGUUAGUGACACUAUUGACAAUUCUAUUGAAACUGAACAAAUUGAACAAUGUGAAGAUUUAGAUUAUUCGUAUUUUGAUGAUGAACAUGAACACAAUUGUGUCUAUGUCAAUUUAUUACAAAACCCAGAACGAUUCACUGGAUAUGGAGGUAAUCAAAGUUUUGAUGUUUGGAAAGCCAUCUAUCUGGAAAAUUGUUUCCCCAAUACUAAUCCAAUGUCAAUGAAACCUAAUCAACCCAAGGAAAAAUGUAUUGAAAAAAAUUUAUUUUAUCGAUUAGUUAGUGGUAUGCAUGCAUCAAUUGCAGUUCAUUUAUCUAAUGAAUAUUUGGAUUCGCAAACUGGAGAAUUUUAUCCCAAUCUACAAGUGUUUAUGCAAAGAGUUGGGCUAUACAAUGAUCGAUUGGCCAAUAUCUAUUUCAAUUAUGCACUUGUGGCCCAGUCAUUGGUUAAAUUGAAUGAGAUUUUACCAGUGAGACAAUUUAUUCAACUGGGGUAUGAUGAUAUAACCCCAGCCCAAAAACAACAUUUGUUGGAAAAUAAUGAUUUAUUCGAAAACACUGAAGUUUAUGAUGAGUUGUUAUUGCAAGAUAUCAUUCCUGCCUUGGGAUCAAAUACAUUGUUUAAUACAUCCACCUUGUUUGAUCCAACAAAAGAUCCUAAUUUGAAGCAAGAGUUCCGUGCUCGUUUUAAAAACAUUUCCGCCAUAAUGGAUUGUGUUGGUUGUGAUAGAUGUAGAAUGUGGGGGAAAAUACAAACUAUUGGGUAUGGAACUGCUUUAAAGAUUCUUUUUGAAGAUGAUGGGUCAAUGAAUCAACCAAAUUUGAAAUUCAGAAGAAUUGAAAUUGUUGCAUUGAUAAACACGUUUGAUCGAUUAUCGAAAUCAAUUGCUAUAAUCAACAAUUUCAAACAAAUGUAUAUUAAACAUUUACAAGAUGUUGCUGAGGGAAAAGCACAACCAGGGCAAUUUAAUAAUAACCAUAAUGAGGGAUCAUUGGGACAAGGAUUCCAUUUUCCAUUUGUCAAUUCCCUUCCAAAACAGCCUCAACAACAUAGAGAAACAGAUCAACCUCAAUCAUCAACAUAUAAAAAGGACGCAGGGUCAUCAUCUUCUAAAUCCCCUUCCAAUCGUGAUCCACCACAACACAAGAAAUCCAUUUUCGAAAUAUAUCAAAUCCCCACUAGGAAUCGUACUUUUGAUCAAGAAUUGAAAUUGGCAAUUUAUGAAGUAUGGGAAGCAUUGAAAUUUGUAUUGGGCAGUUAUAAGCAGUUUCCUAUAACUAUUGGUAAAACAUCAUUGAGCAUAUUGAACAAUUUGUGGAAUAACUUGAUUGGUAAACCUAUUGGAGAUCAAGGGUAUCAAGAGUAUAGGAGCCCUUUAAAUGUUGACGACGAAGAGCAACAGUACUUGAAUUUGAUCAAUGAGGAUAAUUAG